AUGGCUAUAAGGGACGUCUUGCAAGAGCACCUAGAUACAAUCUCAACUGUUGACCUGGCAAUCUUCCUUCUUUCCACGGUUCUUAUUUGGCUGGCCAUACGAAAGGCUCACCAUGCUACUCGCGGGCCACUCAGUGCCUUCCCCGGCCCUCGCUUGUGUGCUUGGACGGAUCUACCGCAAGGAUACUGGAAAGUUACAGGCAGAGAGCAUGAGAUCAUGGCCGACAUUCACUCAAAAUAUGGGCCGGUGGUCCGAAUAGGUCCAAGGCACCUCUCGUACAUCGGAACGGCGACGAUAUGGCCAGAGAUCUACGGCGAGAAGGUGGGCUACGCGAAAUGCCUCCCAAAGGACAAGCGGCUCUACGACCUGAUAGAAGACUGCUUUGGUUGGAAAGAUUCUCUGGCAGCUGCGCCAGACGACCACAAGGUGAUCCGCAAGCUUGUGGUCUCGAGUUUCAGCCCUCGCAUGAACGUUCACUUUGAGCCACGUUACAAAGGAUGGAUGAAAAAGAUGGUCGAGCAACUCGUGCCGAUAGCCGAACGAGCAGAAAUCAUGGAUCUGGGUAAGGCAUUCCAAUGUGUCGCAGUCGACUUGCAGACCGAUCUGGUUCUUAGCGUGGAUGCGGGGUCGCUCAAAACUCUUGACUACCCACCCACUAAAGUUGUUGUGAACGGGUCAUUGCAGGGAGUCGCGGUCGCUCAUGCCUUACGUCUCUUUUCACCUACUAUUGGCAGAGCGGUCCAGAAGACCAUCGUAAACAUUCCUCACGUCAGGAAGUUGCUCGAUAACUUUGCUGUUACGCUCUCCAAGCGUAUUGACGCCCGAUUGGCCGAUCCACCUCCUACGAAUGAUGUCUUGACGGAAGUCUUGAGGAAGACCGAACUGUCCCCCGUGCCCAUACCAAAGGAUCAAUUCUACUCCACUACAAAGAUUCUGACGGUCGCGGGUCCCGAGGCCAUGACUUCUGCAAUGAACACUAUUGGCUACCACCUGUUCCGCGAGCCGGAGACAUUCAAAACUCUGGUCAAUCAAAUACGCACCCGCUUCAAGACACAAGAUGACCUGAGCGUAAAAGCCUUGUCUGAGAUGGACCUAUUGACGGCUGUCAUCAAGGAAGGCCAUCGCCUAUACCCGCUUCCACCGGGUAUCCUUCCCCGCUGUACGCCGAAAGAAGGCGCAUGGGUCCAAGGAGUCUGGAUCCCACCAAACACCAGUCUUGGAGUUCACCAAUGGGCUACCUAUCGGUCCGAUACCAACUUUCACGACGCCAAUGGUUAUCACCCUGAGCGAUGGAUGGGGCAUCCCAAAUUCAAGAACGAUCGACUCGAUUGCGUGCAAAUAUUCUCAGUAGGCGCAAGAAGAUGCCCUGCAGAGAUAUUCUCAUGGUAUGUCAUUCGUCUUGUCUUCGCAUCUCUCCUGCUCAAUUUCGAUAUUGAGCUGGCAGAUGAGGCGUCCGAGUGGCCUCAGCAAAAGUCAUACUGGAUCUGGAGGACCAGGCCGUUGAUGUGCAGGAUUCGCCCGGCAAAGAAGACUGUUGCGGCUUGA